AGAUAGGGUGCUCUCUGCCCUGAGCAGCUUUUUGGUUGGGAAGUUUAGUUUCUGUAAAAGUUAGUCAGCAAGCUUUCCUUGGGUGUAUGUGCCGCCUUUCAUCGGGGGACGACGGGGCUGUACGUGCUUGCUUUCAUGCUUCUGCCCUUCACAGCACAGCGGCGACGUCAGGUCAUUUUUCUUGCGUUGCAGUUCCUGGUUGUAUGAAGUCGAAAAUAGUGGACUCAGAAAUAUCUGCCAAGAUGAGUGCAAAGUUCCAAGUGCAGCGAUCAGAUACGCUUACGAGGUCAUGAUGUACCAGCAUAGGCUUGCCUGAGUAUAAUUUUCUGGCAGAAUACUUUUUAAAAAAACAAAACCAAGACUGUACCACAUCUUGUGUGACAUGUCAAAGGUAUGCUAAGCAUAGUGUUUUGAUCUAAUGCAUAGCAGAGCCAGUUAAACUGAAGGCUGCCUAAACUUUAAAACCUGUUGUAGUCAUAGAGACUAAAUCUUUGUGGUUAUGUUUUUUUUGAAGGUUUAUAUACAUUUCUGCAGAAAGUGUAGAAACAAGGGUUUAACUUUUGAGAUGAAAGAAUACUGAUACCAGCAUUCUGAGGAACAUGAACUAGUACUGAACUGAAUGCUUACACUUUUUUUAGCAUUACAGUGAAUGCUGUUUCCCCCUUUUACGUCAUCCAUUAAGUUAGAUGGCAGGACCAUUUUAAAACUUAAAAUUUUAGUCUUGCUGUGCUUAAUUUUUUUUUCCAGGAGUGCAUUGGCUGUCCCUGCUUAGUUUGAGGCUAAUAUCCAUGUACGCUACGUUAACUUAGUCCCAAAUCUGCCAGAGCAGAGUAUCAUCUGUAUAACCUGUGCCCAGCAAUAUUCAGGAAUAACUCUUUAAACAGCUGCAAUUUAAAAUUUCUGUUCUUCAGGGGACAUGUUUAAUUUUAGGGUGUUUUUUGUGUGUCUAGCUUUUUGUGACUUUAACUUUUUUUUUGGAGAGCUCAGAAGUGAGUAUAACAAGAUAGGUAUGGCAUUCUUCGUUUCUUUUGAGUCAGCAAACUAAUCCUGUAGUACAUUUAGUACGUGUAAAUACAAGAUCUUCUCAUCUACAGUUCAUCUGGAAAAUGGUAAUUCACAGCAUGCAGUUUCUUGAAUGCUGCACCAGUAAGUUGAGGUGCAGUAGGAAGAGAGAAAGUGAACCUGACAAAUCUUGCUCUUCUGGGUGAUGCACAGCAGUGAAGUGAAGGUCAUUGGAAUGCCUGCAGUGGCAGUGCAGUUUGUCUGCAGCUGUCUCACAGUGUUGCCAGAAAUCAGGGGAUUUUAAAUCCUGUCGAUCGGAGAAGGAAUGUGAUCUUUUUCCUCACCUAGCAUGAACAUGGAUAUGUAUUUGCAAUUCACGUGAUUAUUGCGGAAUUUAUUUUGUACUUUAUGAGAAAGUAGUAUUUCUUUUGAAUGCCUGAAAGUGAUGCUUGGUUCAUUGUAAUCAAAUUGAAAACUGGGGGAAAACAAAGAACCAUCUGGAGACCUGGGGGCUGGGGUGGGGAGGUUCUGCUUUCUGGUAAAUUUACCGUCAACACAGGCAAAACUAUAAAGUGUAUUUCAGUUUCAGAAGUAGGCAAGAAUGCCAGGCAUUUUGUCCAUUUUGUGUGUUUUUUUAAAACAUCUCUUUGUAUUUAGGAGAAGCACCAGAAUGAAAGACAUGGACAAUAUCAAAACUGUGAAGGAAGAAUGGAUGUGUAAGUCAAGAACUGAUGAUCAGAUUUUGAAUGGUACAGAACAAAGCCGAGACUAUUUUGUAGAUAACCUUUUUGAAGAAGCUCAGAAGAUUGGUGCAAUAUGUAUGUCCCCAACUACAGUCAAGAACCAGGUUGAUGUAAUCAUUAAACUUUGGAAAAACGGGUUUACAGUAAACGACGGUGAACUUAGGAGCUACGCUGACGUUGCAAGCCAACAGUUCUUGGACUCCAUUAAAAAAGGGGAACUGCCUUUUGAGCUACAAAAAGUUUUUGAAAAGGAGGAGGUUGAUGUGAAAGUGGAAGAUAAAAAAGAUGAGGUGUAUUUGUCAUCAAAAAAGCCAGUGUUUCAUCCCUUCUCUGGACAUGGUUACAGAUUAGGAAGUGCUACUCCAAGGAUAAUCUCUAAAGUAAGAGAGGAUCAUCAAGCAGCUGGUGACAAAAGACCCCUUCCUGUAGUACCCUUAAAUGAUUUGGAGCCAAUCACCAACAUCCAGAUCUGGUUAGCUGAUGGGGAAAGGAUAAUUCAGAAAUUCAACGUUUCACACAGAAUAAGCCAUGUCAGAGACUUCAUAACAAAGUAUCAAGGAUCAGAGGGAAGGGUUCCCUUCACACUGACUACUUCGCUGCCCUUUAGAGAGCUGCAAGAUGAGACGCUCACACUACAGGAAGCAAAGCUGCAAAAUGCUGUUGUUGUUCAGAGACUUCGGAAAACAACUGAACCGUUCAGGCUCCUGAAAGCACCUGACAAUGACUGUAAAACUGCUGCUACGUCUAAUGGACAGCUCAAGAACGAGCAAAAAAACACUAUCAAAAGCACAAGAUCAAAUUAGCUUAUAACUGGCCAAAAACUUUGCACAGGCAGAACUAGACAAAACCAAAAAUGUAGUCAGCAAUAUCUGGAUGCACUAUCAUCCUUCCAUAGUGUGCUCUUAGAGAGCAGAAUGCGUAUUGUGCUAUAAUCUGCUGUAAUGGAAGUAUUUUCAACUAAGUUUGGUCGAAGCCUGGCUAUAUAAUGUAGCAGAGGUAACUACAACAGGGAUUGUCCUUAGAAUUUCUCUAGGUAGAAAGCUUUGCUCGCCUGUUCUUUAAUGAGUAUACGUAGGUGGAACGGUACUCUGAGACUUAAUUACUAAUGAUAGCACCUUUUAAGGAAAAACAUUAUUUUUGCACUUUGGACUAAAGAGAGACUGAACUGAGUGAUUUUAAUUGUGUAAACUGCUCCAGUUCUUUUUAGUAACAUUUAGGCAACAGAUGCUGCAGGGAAGCUCACCUUUGAACUCCUAUGGAAUUUGAAAAUCUUUCAAUAUAGGUAUCUUUAGUAUUUUAUCACAAGAUCAUGAAUGUUCUAUGAAGUCUUCACAUGGUGAGUGCAGGUGUAAGAAGAUAGAAAUGAGGUAGUCUGGUGCAUAUUGCAUAUGAAGUGCCUCAAAGCAAGCUCUGAAGGAAUCAUCAUAGAAUCACAGAACUGUUAUUAUUAAUGGUCGAAGUGGUUUCUGCCUCUAAUGUUCUCCUACGGGUUCGGAUUUCUUACAGAUAAUGUGAUGGUAAACUACCUAGCUCACUAGGAUAGAGAUUCACUUUUAGCCUUGUCACAGAGAAACUUCUUUUUUUCUGGAGUUUACCACACAGCUUUAGUGGCUUAGAAGGACACAAUUGUCUUUGUACUACAUAUCUGCCUCUGUCCUGAAUCGGCCUUCUGAUUGAGGCAUUAACUGCACGUGGCCAAAUUUCAAAGAUAUUUAAAACCCAUAUAUGAAAACUGAGGUUUCUUCUCCUAUCCUUCCGCCCCCUUUCCAUCCAAAUUUUGUAUUUUGUCCUUCGUGUAUUUUUGACAUAAGAUUUGUACCCAACAAUUCUGUGUUUUUUCUAAAGGAGAAAUCAACAUAAGGACUAAAUAUUUUGUACUGUGUGUGUUAAGUAGCACAUGGGUUUGUGGGUGGAACUAGAGUCCCUAGGUAAAGACUUACCGUGGGGCCUUCAAUAAGUGCUGACUGGUUUGUGCUGCCUACACAAAUAGAUGAUUGUCACAGCUGUAAUUCUUUUGCACGGUUAAAUGAAAGAUAAGUUUGGAUUUUACCAUUUUUGUUUUAAAUAGAAAAUUAUUUAAUCGGA